AUGCAGACUUCAGCCAGCUACCAAACCCCUGACAUCCAGGACCACAAGGUACCUGAGUUGUCUCCAACCUCAAGUUGUUCUCAGAAUACAAACAGAUCUUGUGAAGAAUGCCUGAAGAACGUCUCGUGUCUGUGGUGCAAUACUAACAAGGCCUGUUUGGAGUACCCUGUGAGGAAAAUCCUGCCGCCUAGUUCCCUUUGUGAGCUGAGUUCCGCACGAUGGGGCGUUUGCUGGGUGAAUUUUGAGGCGCUGAUUAUCGUCAUGUCGGUGCUGGGAGGCUCCAUCCUCCUCAGCGUUGUUGUCUGUUGCUGCUGCUGCUGCCGCAAGAAGAAGGGCAGGAAGCCAGACAAGAGCGAUGAGCGGGCCAUGAGAGAGCAAGAGGAGAGGAGAGUCCGACAGGAGGAGAGGAGAGCAGAGAUGAAGUCAAGACAUGAUGAAAUCAGAAAAAAAUAUGGUCUCUUUAAAGAACAAAACCCAUACGCGAAGUUUUAAAACAGCUACGUUGUACUACCUUUGGGCCAGGCAGUCCUAAAGCUUCCUGGGAGAGCUGCCUCUCAGCACAGCCCGCAGGCAGACACCUGCGUGGGUGAGCCUCCCAGUGUCCAGCUGGGACAGUGGGGAGCAGCCUUGAAGGACAAUCCUGCUCCUGUCUGCACGCUGUGGCCUUCCCUUUUCCCUUACUGCUGUUUCUGUAGCUAAGAGCUUCAGACGUGAAACUAACUGGGUUUCUCUGGAGGAAAUGUAUUUGCUCACCACUUAGUGCAACUCAGUACAAGCCACGUUGGACACACCCUUCCUGGCUCCCAGCUGCAGGAGCCUGCCCUGCUUUGCCCCAGGGGCACAUGAAGGUCACCUGUCUGUCGUCUGUCUUUUCAUCCUGGGGAAGACUGAUGUGUGUGUCUACCCAUUUCUUCUAAUUCUGGUGGCCUUUAGGAAAGCAUCUGGGACACAGUACUUACUAGCCCAUUUUUAUUGAAAAGUUUUGGAGAUAAUCAAAAUCACCUUAAGUCUCUUAAAAAGCAUUUUAGAUUCCCUCAAACAAAAUAUCACCAAAAAACUUAGAUGUGAAAUUUCAGGCCCUACAAGGUGGUAUUUUUAUAUCUAUCUUUAAUAGACGAUGAGUCACUUUCCCAUGGAAACCCAGUUCUCAACGUGGUUUGAAGUCCUCUCUCAGGAGCGCCACCUGUCUGCCUCCUGUCCAGCUGCAUUCACAGACGGGUGGUCCUGCGUCCUCCACGGGUCCUGGAACCCGACUCAGUUUUCUCCUCUUGUCGGGCUGUGGAGGGGCUCAUCAUGGGGGAGGCUGGGGGGGGGCAUGUCCAUCUAAGGAGGGUGAAGGCCAUGUGGCCAUGUGAAUUGGAGGCAGGUGCGUGGGGUCCAGCCCGAGCAGAAUCCCCACACUGCCCAGCUCCGUCACGCUUGACGUUGGCCUCUGGAAGUGCCUCAGUGGGACUUCAGCCCUCCACAGUGCACAUUGCUUUAGAUCAAGAGAUGUGACUUUAGCAACCACCAUAUGCUUGCUGACAGGAAAGAGAGCAAGAGACAUCCUCAAGUUACUGGACACUGAAGAAAAUCAAAAAUAGUCUUGCCAGAUUGCUUUGAAUUAAAACCUUUGGGAAGGAGGCUGGCACGCUGGUGGGUGUGCUAAUAAGCUUUCAGAUUUGUCCUGUGUGUCCGCCACGGUGCCUCCAGCACUUGUGAUCUGUCACCUC